UGGGACGCGGUAGAAAAUAUUCCAGUGGUAUGGGAGCCGUAUAAUUAGGACACCCCCGCCCCCCCGUUACCGGGGCAACCAAGCGCAACAUUCCCUGCCCCUGAGAGGAAGCCGUACAAUUAAAGGGGAAAGGCCUGGUAUCGGGGUACCAUUACAGGCUCUGUGUAUUAACCCCUUCAUAACCGUCACCAGCCAGGACCAGCACCCCAGAGUGUGAGUGGGGUGACAAGAUGGCAGCCGGGGACCCAGAGAGCAGGGAGCUCAGCCUGAUGGAUAAGCAGGUCUCCAGGUAAGAUGGGCGAGCUUAUUAACCCCUUAAGGACCAAACUUCUGGAAUAACAAGGGAAUCAUGCCAUGCCAUGUGUCCUUAAGGGGUUAAACAUACCUCAUGCAUUGUGACCUGGAUACCAAUUCAGCCAUGCUCCUGCUCUGUGAGUUUAAUUAAUUUAUGUAUUUAAAAAAUAAAAUAAAAAAUCCAUUACACUCAGUUUUUUUGUUUUUUUUUGCUCUUGCUGACUUUUUAUGAUUGCUCUGGGUUGCUGGCUUAUGACCCACCCCAUUAGAGCAGUUAUAAGGCAGUGUCUCUCCUUUAAUGGAAUGCACAGUGCUUUCUGUACCAUCAUCACUGCAAUCAUGCAAGCUUGUCAUGAUCCCUAGAUUAACCCUUCUAGACCCCCCUUGGACGGGAUGGCAUGGUACUGUAAUUGAGUGAUCUACUGCCCACACUAACUCUCAGCCUGGUUGGUGAUCAGCUACCAUUUAAAGAAUGUGUGGACCAGCCCCUUGGACCCAAUAAAAAUUGAACAGAGGUCAAAUUGGUUACUUCUUAGGGCAUACUGCGCCAUCAUACAUUGUACUGUAAUAGAUUUUAAUGCUUAUUCAGAAACAGAGUUAGAUAAAAUCCGGCAGGCAGACAUACCCAAAUGAAAAAGCACUUUGUCAUAACAAGCCUUUACUUUAAAGGAUCACUAUCGUGUCAGGAAAACAAAUCGUUUUCCUGACAUUACAGCAUCCUUAGGACCCACCCUCAGGGUCCUCCUCCCUUGGCGCUGAAGGGGUUAGAACCCCUUCAGCCACUUACCUUUAUCCAGCGCCGGGCUCUCUCGACGCUGGUGACCUCUCAUCACCCGCCGACGUCAGUUCCCGAUUGGAGCCGAAUGCGCACAUUCAAACAGUCCAUAGGAAAGCAUUUCUCAACGUUCUGCACGCUGAAUGCGAGUUUUGCAUCAAGCGUCACAGAAGCGCCUCUAUCGGCUGUCAGGAAGACAGCCACUAGAGGCUGGAUUAACCCUGCAAUGUAAACAUAGCAGUUUCUCUGAAACUAUGUUUACAUCUGAAGGGUUAAAACCUGGGGGACCUGGCCCCCAGACCACUUCAUUGAGCUGAAGUGGUCUGGGUGACUAUAGUGUCCCUUUAAGCACUUUUUUUUGCCUUUUAUUUGUGUCCUGAUGUGGCUCCUAAAUAUAUUGAGUAAAUUUUUUUGCUGCAAGAAUGUGCUGGGAUUGACAGUUAAUCUGAUUUUAGGAUCCAGCACCAUAAGACAUAUAUCACCCAUCAUUUGCAGUCAUGCAGUACUGAUUGGUUACCUGUAAAUUGCAUGUCACCUUGUAUGUAUGCAUGCAGGUAUAAAUGUACAAUAUAGCCACUUUUCAUAUAGAUAGACCAGUGUAUAAAAAAUAAAAUAUAAAUAAAAAAGUUACCUGCGCUCUUCCCAAAUUCCUAUGCAUAUUUAAACAAAUGGAGGUUACUUAGUUGAUCCACUGGCCAUGAAAGUUUAGCCAUGUCAAGGCAAACCUCAGGUGGGUCCUACACUAACUUUGCACCUUGCUUCCUUGAGCUUCUGGCAAAGAUAUCUCUAGUGAGACUGAGAGGGGUAUUUUUUUAUAAACCCCUACAUGCAUAUCAACCCUUAAUAAGAAAAACAUGGGUUGGGCGGCAGCAUUGUAACAUAGCUGUGUAAUACUAAAGUGAAUACAAAUACAAAUUAACAAGUCCUGCGUUUAAUCUCCCACUACUCUUGGGCGGCAGCAACGACCACAGUACACAUCGGCCCCAAUAGGGCCGGCGCUACCAUAAGGCGGCCCAGGCCCUGGGGGCGCAAUGUCAGCCUGUCUGGUAGGAGGGAAGCGCACUGCGUUCCCCUCCAGCCCGUUAAUACUUGUAGCAUUGCUGAGCGCAGCCCAGUGCUUUCCACCCACGGAGUCCAGCCUCUGCCUGCCCAGCCUAGCCUCCUACCCUGGUGUCUGCCGCAGGCUGUGUGGAGGGGGUGGGGAUAUGAAUGACAUCAUAUCUCUGCUCCCUGUGUACCACACAGCAUGGCUGGCGUCCAUGUCUUUGUAUGCCUGCAUGUCUCUGUAUGAUUAUGUCUGUGUUUGUAUGACAGUGUACCUGUAUGACUUUGAUUGUGUGCCUUUUAUGACUGUGCGCCUGAAAAUGAUGCCUGUGUGCCUGUGGCUUGGAAGGAAAGACACACAAAGGGAUUUGGAGGGGAGGGACAACAAAAUGGACGGAGGGGAAAACGAGCCACACAGAGGGUGUGGUGGAGAAGGAGCCAAAGGGGCUGGUGUAAGAAAGUGACACAGAAAGGGGCUUGGGUAAGAAGGAAACAGAAAGGGACUGAGGUAAGAAGGAAACGCAGAAAGGGGCUGGGGUAAGAAGGAAACGCAGAAAGGGGCUGGGGUAAGAAGAAAACACAGAAAGGGGCUGGAGGGAAGAGACUCACAAAGGGACUUGGGGGGAGUAAGAUACAUACAAAGGGGGUUGUAAGACACACUAAAGGGGAAUAAAAUACUAGUGCACAAAAGGGGUACAACAAGACACAUAGGUGAAGAUGCAUUUUUUUUUGAACAGGGGAUGGGGGGGAGAGGGGGGGGUAGCAAAAUGCAUCUUCACCUGUGUAGCUAAAAAUCCUUCCACCGGCUCUUGGCCCCAAUACAUACAGUAAAAACGAAAGGAAAAAAGUUACCUGUGCUCUUCCCAAAUCCCUAUGCAUAUUUAAACAAAUGAAGGUUAUUAGGUACUCCAAUGGCCAUGAGAGUUUGGACCACCUACCACCUCAAGGCCUUGACGUGGCAGGUGGGUUAAACUCUCAUGGCCAUUGGAGCAACUAAAUAACCUUCAUUUGUUUAAAUAUGCAUAGGGAUUUGGGAAGAACACAAGCAACUUUUUUUCUUUGGUUUUUACUGUAUGUAUUCGGUCCGAUGUAUACUGUGGUCAUUGCUGCCGCCCAAGAGUAGUUGGAGUUUGAACGCAGGACCUGUUUUUUGUAUUUGUAAAAAAUAAACUAUAUUUUGUCAUUCAGUGUUCCACAAGAUAACUUCUGAUUUAAUGCAUUAUUAACCACAAGGAAAUGAUGAAAAGCAUUAAACUGGUGGCAGACAUUGCAUUAAAACUUUGUUAACUUGACAUAUUGUUUAUUUUCAGAAUAUUACACUGACUCUGCAAGUCACAUUCUAUGUUAUCUAAGUGGUACAUUUUUUUUUUUUUUUAGCUUGUUUGAGAUUUCCUUGAACUCCCAUCUCAUUUCCAUCAAUUUACACUGCAAUCAAAUCUGUAAGCUUGAAGGACUGGAACAUCUACGCAAUUUACAACAUCUGGACCUGUCAUCUAAUCUCAUAACUAGAAUUGAGGGCCUUGACUCCUUGAUGUGUUUACGCAGUUUGAAUUUGUCUUGUAACAAGCUUACAAAAAUUGAAGGUUUGUGUUCCGUUAAGUAGGAAUAUACUUUGCCUCUUGAUACUGUAAUUAUUAGAUCAUAAAAUAUUUGUACUUAUUACAAGAAAAAGGAAAUGUGUAUCAGAGUUCUUGUGGACUGUUAUAGAAUAUGUGUGUGCAGUUAUCAUAUUGUUGUCAAUAUUUAUAAAACAAUGAACAGUAUUUUUCAAGUCCUUCAUAGAUAUAGAGCUUUAAUGCAGCUAACACCUAAGGCAGGGCUUGACAAAUUUGCUUUAAAUUUAGGAGCCAGUUAAAAAAGUUAUGAGCCAGUUUUUUCCCCUAACGACACAAAUACAGUUCUUAAAGGAACACUAUAGUCGCCAGAAGCACUACAACUUAAUGCCGUGUUCUGGUGUCUAUAGCCUGUCCCUGCAGACUUUUCAAUGUAAAAAUGCCUUUUCAGAGAAAAGGAAGUGUUAACAUUGUUGCCUAGUAACACCUCUAGAGGCUGUCACAAUGUGCAGCACCUACAUUCAGCGUUUCCACGCUCUGCAUGGAGGCGCUGCACGUGCCUCAUAGAGAUGCUUUAAAUUGAUUAAUGCAUCUCCUAUGAGGUAAUGCUGACUGGCAAUUGAUGAUCUCAGUUAUGGAGGCGGGCCAGCUCUGGUGAGACUGUCACGGCGCUGGUAAAAAGAUGAGUAAAAGCGAUCGGGGGGGUGCUGGUGACCUAAACAUACACAUUAAUUGACAGACACCCGAACUGACACACAGACACACACCAACAGAGGCAUUCAGACACUCACAAAGUACUAUUACUACACUCAAUAUUACUACACACAAACAUUCAUACAUACACACAGACAAAUACACAGAGACACACACACGACAGAUGCGCAGAUUUUUUUUACAUUUUUUUUUUUUUUAAAAUACAUAUUUUUAGUCACCCUCCUAUUUCCUACCUUUUAGUCUCAGGAGGGUGGCUUCCCUAGUGUCUAGUGGGAUUAGGCAGCAGCAAGUGACAGGUUAGUGGGGCUGGCUGCGGCUGAUGGGAGUAGGCAGCCGCUGUUCCAGACUCCCUCCUUUCUCCUCCUCUCAGCAGCUCUCUCUGUGUGCUGGAAGGAAGUGAAGAGAACUGUAAUAACUUCCUCUCGGUGCUGAGGUCACGCAGGGGAAAGGACUGGUUGCCGGUGUUCCAUCGGCUUUGCGGCAUGAGGCGGGCGGGGAGUAGGGUCGGGUAUGCUGCAUGGGUGUGUGGCAUGUGGGCGGGUAGCAGGGUCGGAUAUGCAGCAUAGGGGCGGCAUGUGGGCGGGUAUCAGGGUCGGGUAUGCGGCAUUGGGGCGUGUAGCAGGGCUGAUUAUGGGGUCGGGAGGAGGGCUGGGAGAAGAGCCGUGUUUACCUGGUAUCCUGCCAUUUAGCUUGCAAUUCCCCUGCACGGGGAUUGAGACAGAAGGAGGAGGGAACAUGUUGACCAAUCCCAGACGCCAGGACGACCUAGUGCUUAGGAUUUAGCCCUGGCCUAAGGUGACCUGUUAUGUUAUGUAUCCUAAUUCCACCGUAAUCAAUUGUCUGUAGUGAUUGAAGUCCCUUUAUUCAGUGAUAAAGCUCCCAUUAGAGCAGAGAUUACACUUGUCCUUAGUUAUACCAAUUCAUACCAGCAAUGGCAGACUGUGAUUGUCUGAGAGCGGUAAGCUUACAUUUUCAGCCAAUCACCUCUGCUAAUUGUUACUUAAAGGACAACUGUCACUUCAAAACAAUUUGUAACAUAAUCACUUCAUUACAUUUUGAAAGGAAAUAUAUUUUAUUUUUAAAAUAAGUAUAUGUAAAAAAGAAAAAAAUGCAUCCCUACCUAUUAUUAGUAUAUGACAGAAUACUUCAACCAUAUACAUGCACCUUGGGUCAAGUGAUGGAUAUGAGCGUAGAAUAUUUAAAGAAAGUGGGGACAAGGAAGAGCAGUUGGAGAUAUAUGGUCAGGACUGCACAAUGCAAAGGGGAGAGAUCUGAUAAGGGGGAAGGAGGUGAGUGGUGGGAAGAGAGGGUAAAGAGAAUGCAGGCACUUCUUGUUUAGUAAUUGGGACAAAGACCUGAAGGCUAAGCACAUAGCACCAAAUCAGAGAGAGAGGAGAAUUCCUCCUUUAAUUGAUCUGUCUUGUCGGUAAAAUAGCAUAGUUGUUUUGCUUUGGCAGGGUGAAGUAUCAAAAAGAUGCUUAAGAUUCUGACAGUAGGUGACUGAGGAAAAAAAAGUUUUUUUGUUUUUUUUUAGCAAAGAAGAGGGCUGUGCUGUUCGAGCGUUGUGUGAAUUUGUAAUACAUGACAUUUGACAGUGCACAACUUUGUUUAGCAGCAUUAUGCUCUGCAAGAGCUUCUUAGUUGUAGUAGUUUAACUUAGUGCUCCAGUGUUGAAAAUGUCUGCCUUGAUUUGUAUGUGUUUAGUGUGACUACCUUGUCCAGAGAUGAGAUGAGGGUAGUGGUGUAAAAGGAGAUAGCCAUGGUGGGACAGGAGAAAGUGGAGAUAGACCUGAGAUCAACCAAGAGUUGCUGAAGGUUAAAAGAAUGAAGGGUUCUCCUAGGGUGAAGAGAGUAAGGGUGAAGAUUUUGGCUGACAUUACCAUUUAAAGCAAAAGUUAAGAGGCGGUGAUAUGAGAGAAGAAAUGGGAUGACUGAUAAAAACACCGAAAAUGUAUCCAAGAGGUUGAGUAUUACCAGCUACAUGUGUACGAUUCAGUAGUCCUCUGGGAUAUCCCAAUGGAGGUAGUAAUAAUAAAUGAAACAUGUUCUUUGUUGUUAAACAUUAUUGUAUGGCAUAACAUCCUUCCCCCUUUAAAUAAUUUUACACCACAAACAUCCCUGGUCAUGUUGAUCAUAAAUUUGAAUUGCUGUUUUAAAGGCUAACCCAUCAGAUUUAGCAUUGCAAUUUGGUGUGGGGAAAAUAUUUUAUGUAGUCUGCUCCGAAUUUUCAUAUUAACUGCCGAAUAUUUGGUUAAAAAUAAAAAAAGCUGCAGGGCAAAUAAGGUAAUCAUUUUAUCUUGAGUUAUUUUUCUUUUCUCUCUGUAGGUAAUUUCUUCAUGUGUUAUUUCAGCUAAACAUGUUCAUAUCAUUUUUGUUCCUAGGGCUGCAGGGAUUAUUAAACCUCAGAGAGCUCAAUCUAUCUUAUAACCGCAUACAUGAUCUUACUGGUAAGUAAAUGCAUUUGUGUUUAUUGUUUAAAGCGACAUGCAUCACUUGACAACUUUUAUUUUUUAAACCAAGCAAACACCCUUACACAAAUAUACAAACAUAAAAUGAAUUAUAACAAUACCAACUUAUGUUUCUGUUGUCAAUAUUGUGUUAUGCAAAACAAACUGUAGUCAUGGAUUUAAAUGGAAACUGUAGGCACCCAUACAACUUCAGCUCACUGAAGUAGUCUGGGUGCUGUGACUCUUUUGCACUUAGUGCUGCAAUGUAAAACAUUGCAAUACCAGUGAACUGCAAUGUUUACAUUGCAGCUCUAAGUCUGCCCUCUGUGGCUGUCUAUCAGACAGCCACUGGAGGGCUUCCGGAAUCCAAACUGACUUUUGGUCCGUUAUCUGAUGCUGGACGUCCUCACGGACCUUCAGUGUCAGAUUUUCCCUAUAGGAAAGCAUUGCGCAUUAGGCUGCCGUCGGCAGAGGAGCGUGGGCAGAACCUGACCUAGCGCCGAGGGACAUCAGCGCUGGAUUCAGGUAAGUGGCUGAAGGGGUUUUAAACCCUUCAGCCCCGCAGGAGGGGGCCCUAUAAACUCUAUAGUGCCAGUAAAACGACUUUGUUUUCCUGGCACUAUAGAAUCCAUUGAAUGGCUCUGCAUAAUGAAUAAAGCAAUAUAUGGACAUAUAAUGAAAAGUAUUGCUAGGCCUUAUUUACACACUGAAAAACAUUUAAAAUAAACACAUUGUGUGUAGCAUGUAGAGCGGGAGGCAUGCAUUUGGCAUGGAAAGGGAAGAUGGGAAGGUGUAUUUUUUGUAGGAUGGCUAGGAAGGAAAUAAAAGAGACAUAAAUAAUGGCUAAGGAGUGACAUAUGGGGAAGGCUGAGACAUAGGCAUGGCUGGGGAGGACUCUGUAAUAGUAUACUUUAUUAUAUACGCCAUUACAGAGAUUAAUAGCAGCUUCUUAGUUGUGUAGGGGACGUGCUGGACUGGAAUCCGCAUGUGGCACAUUUGGGGUCAGUGUAGUUCCUAGAAUGUUGCACAUUCCUAGGGAGAGUACACUGCCUGAAUUAGUGUCCCCUAGGUGGCUGUGGAAAACACAGGCGAGAAGAAGUAGGUAAAUAUGGAGAAAAAAAAAAUCAUAUCACCCGUUCUGCCUGCAGGAUGAAACCACUGUCAUUCAAAGGCAAAGCCUUUGUGUGAGACAGUUGUCUCAGGGAUGCAUGUCACUUUAAUUAAUGCGACUCUGUGCCUUUUAUCCUUCGUUAACUUUUCUUUGAUAAUUUACAAUGUUACUUGGGACAUUUUAUAGCUGCACUUUUAGUUGUGGCUUACAUACACCAGCACUGGCAUACAUUAAAAAACAAAAAAUCUCAAAAGCUAUGCACUUAACAACCAGUUCAGUAUAUGCUAAAAGGGGCAUCACAGCCAGCAAGAUGCCUACUAGUGUGCAUUAAGACUGGCUUAGAACUGUAGUGCCUUGUUUUGUGCAUAGAAAACUAUUUGACCUGGUGUGUAUUAUUAAACUGUAAUUAUCGUUGCUUGAUGAGCAGAGCAAUACCAUACUACUACUGGGAUGGUGCAAGUCAUGACAAUAGAGGAGUUAAGAGUGCUGGAUACCAUUAGUAGUUGCUUUCACAAGCAAACAACCAAUGAGUAAACUUAAAAAAAUUAAAACGGAAACGUAUCCACCCUUUCUUUCCCUCUCUCCUAACCUGUAGUAUUAAAAUGAACACUCCAGCAUUAUAAAUACAUUUAUUUUUUAUUUUUAUUGAACUCUGGAAUGUUUAGAAUUUAUUGGUCCCCCACUUUCCUUUAAAAGUAAAGGGUUAACGUGCCUAUAAUUUAAGAGCGAGACAGCUUCUUACUGCAUAUCUGCUCCACACUAGUGACAAUCUCCCAGCCAAUCCAGAGUUUUAUGAAGCAGGAAUAAUGCGUGUCAAUUGCUGUGCUGCACUGGGAAUGCUUCUCAGAGUAGAGUAGAGAAGGGCUUAAAGCAGCCUGAAAGAGUUAGAAUUAGUCCCUCCUUUGUCUCGGUAUAUCUUGUGACAUUGCCGCUUUAAUCUUUUACAUGAAUUUUAAUGUUUGGAUGUUUAACUAUUAAUUUUUACAUGUUUCUUAUUUUGGAGAAAAUAAAUGUAAAAUAAAUACUCCUUAAAUAUUUAUUGAAACUUUCUCCUAAUUCUAUAACUUUUACCCUUCAAUCUUUCUUUUGCUAAAUAUUUACUCAAGUUCUGUGGAAAAAAGUAUGUGUAUGUACUUUGAGUUUCACAAAUGUUCCAACUUGUUAAAUGGGCAGUUUCUCUGUGUUUGCAACCAGUAAACUUAUAUUGUGUGUGUUUUUAUCUUGUUUCCAAGGACUAAUACCACUCCAUGCACAGACUUAUAAGCUCAGCCAUCUUUAUCUCCAUAGCAACUGCAUCAAUGACUUUGAACAUGUAAUCCAUUGCAUAGUGGGGUUACAAUCCUUGCUUUAUCUCACGUUUGAGCAAAGUGGAAAAGAUAAUCCGGUUUGCAGUUUAACAGGUAAAAUCAAACUUUUUUUUUUCCUUUCCGAAGAAACCUUCUUGUCUAGUAAUAUAUUGUCCAUCGUAACCAUGGCAAUACUGUUAGCCACUGUUUAGUUGAAAUACAAGUAGAACCAUUUUGUAGAAAAAAAUUUUUAAAUGCUUUAAAAAAAAAAAAAGCCUUUUCAGUGAUUUCUUAAAUUUUUGCUAGAUGUUUUAAUAUACAUCUUGCUAGCCUGCAUUUCCUUUAGGCACUAUAAAUAGCUGGGAUAUAAUCACUGCAACUGUACAAAUCACUGAUUGUCAACUACCAGCAUCUACAAUCCGCAUAGUUUAUUAUUAGUAAUGAUCAGUGAGAGUUUACUUUGAUAUAGAGAAUGUUAAUCAAUUUCCAGUAUUAUUUUUCAACUGAUUUUAUUUAAAAAUAUAUAAAUAACAUAAUUAAAACAAUGGAAAUGGGAAAUCCGAUCCCACGCUAAAUUACUGUAUUAUCUACAGGAUACAGAGAAGUUAUUUUAGAAGCUUUGCCAAAACUAAGAACACUUGAUGGAAUACACCAGAGUGGUGAAUCACUUACUGGACAUCAUGGAGGAUCAAUGGACCUGCCUAACAUGGAGUUCUUGGAAUACUUGAUAGCAUUUGAUAUUGGAAGUGGAAGCAAGGAGGUAGAGGUAAUGGUACUUUUUAUGUAUUAAUUUAAUAUUAUUGUUGAUUGCUGCUGCUUUUUAUUUUUUAUUCCAAUCCCCCCCCAGAUCACCAAUAAUAAGCCACUUUUUAUGAAAAGCUAGUAACAACCACAUUCUUAUAACAGAAAUUCUGUCUUCUUUACUACAGAAAGUGUGCGUCUCUCUAAAAAAAAAAAAAUUUUACAUUAUUUGUUUUGGAUGUAACAAAACCAGAAAAUGACUGUUUCGCUCGUAUUGGCCAAAAGCUGUUCUCCUGUAAUGAAAACAGUAUUUUCUUUUUACUUUCCCACAUCAUUCCAUGAGUUCCACCAAUCAGGAAAUCUUGUAGCUAUAAAUUUAGGGAACGUUACACCAAAUUAAUAAUAUGUUUUUUUUUGUUUUUUUUUGUUUUGGGGUUUUAAAGUCAUGCACACUAUUCUUAAAGACUCCUUUCACCAUAACCGUAGCAAUAACCUGAACCUGUAACUAAAGUUUAAAGCAAAAAAGUAUUUUCUCAUUUAGGUUUAAUUAAUGUAUUAUGUUGUAUAUCUCUUCCUAGGAUUCUAAAAAUGUACCCGUGAUAACACCAAGAAUUGAUCAAGUAUUAUCUCACUAUAGAAAGUCUCCUGGUAGCUAUGUAUCAGGUAAUAUGAGUAAUGGUGUGAAUACCACCACUUCAUCAGAGAAAGAGGGUGCUACACAUCAAGAUACCAACAGCAUGUUGCGUGAAAUGAGAAUUAAGAAGCUAGAGGAACAAAUGGCAAAUCAUUUGGAAAAGGUUUGAAAUUUUAUGAUCCGUAAUAAAGUAUUGUAAAUUUGCUAUGACUAGACAUGCUUAUGUCCAGGAGGAGAUUAUGGGAUAAGACCAGUCCCCAUAAACCAGAAUGUGAUUCUCGUUAUGUUAUACAAAGGGCUUUGGUGCUUUGUUUUCUUUGUUUUAAUAAACUGCAAUAAUUACAUUUUGAGCGUUAACUAUACCUCUAGUGGCUGUCUUCCAGACAGCCACUAAAGGGACUUUUGAGUCGGUAGCCUAACUGAUGCUGGAUGUCCUCACGCUAUGCAUGAUGACAUCCAAUGUCACCCAAAACCCAUAAGAAAGCAUUAUACAGGUAGGUAACCAGUAGAGUGGUUUUCGUUUAUUUUUAUACAAUGCUUUCCUAUGGGGGAAGUCAUAAUGCAAGCACGGCCAUCAUACCAGCUGACAUCAGUUGGGGUGGAGGCGGAGCCUGAAGGCGGUGAGUGGCACUAUAGGGAGCUAUAAUGGCAGGAAAACAUUUUUAAAGGUAUACUAUUGUCCGCAAAACAACUUUAACCUAAUGAAGUGGUUUUGGUGAGUAAAUUAUGUCUUGAAGUUUCACUGCUCAAUUCACUGCCAUUUAGGAGUUAAAUCACUUUCUUUUCUUUUUUUCUUUUUUUUGCAGCCCUAGCCACCCUCCUCUGGCUGUGACCUACACAGCCUGCAUGAAAACAAAAUGGUUUGAUUUUCAAUCAGAUGUAACUUUAAAAUUUUAUACAUACAGAAGACUCCUGCAGGGUCUAGCAAGCUUUUAACAGAGCAAGAGAUAAGAAAUUCUGAAGUAAACAGAAUUUGCAAUAAAGGAAGUUUAAACAUUAGAUGACUCUUUACAGGAAGUGUUUGGGCAGGCUGUAUAAAACACAUGCAGGGAGAUGUGCCUAGGGGUGCAUGACCAAAGUGAUUUAACUAAAUGGCAGAGAAUUGAGCAGUGAGACUGUAGGGGCAUGAUCUAUACACCAAAUCUGCCUCAUUAAACUAAAGUUGUUUUGGUAAUUAUAGUGUCCCUUUAAACUGUCCUUUUAUCUAGUGUACUCAUUCGGCUAGACAAAAAUAAUUACAAAAUAAGAUUAUAAUCUUUGUUCAAAUAUAUUUGAAAUAUAUACCGCAUUACAAAUAUACACAGGUGUUUUUUUUAAAAUCUUUAUUAAAGAGCUUAUGGUUUACAAAUCCCACAUAUGGGUUGCUAAACAUUAUUAGAAAUGUGCUUAAUUGUCUUAAAUUUCUGGUAUGUUUGUUUUGACAGUACCAAAUGUAGUGGAGCUCUAGUCCUGACAAGGACUUUUCCUCCGCUGGAUCUGUGAAGACAGGAACUGUGGAACAAGGCGCUGAAAUGUGAAUAGCUAUAUUCCCCCCAGUAACUGGACGACACACAGUUCUGGGAGUGGACCAAAAUUAAUUUCUUUCAAACACAGCCUUGUAUGCACAGACCCCCAGCAUGGGGUCUCCAUACAUAACAUACACAAGCCCCUCCCAGGUGACCCAUUGUCUAAGAGAUAAUUGAGUCAAAACUUAGUAACUCAAUUAUGUCUCAGGUACAAGAAAAUAUACACCAUAUUUACAAAAUAAGUCAUAAUUCACAGGAACCCCACAAUUUGUAUAUCCCCGAAUUGCUCCGAUCUGAUCACCCAACAUAUCCAAAAAGUGCUCAGAUCUGUUCGGUAGAACUGAAUCGCCAUUUGGGUAAAGUUCUGGCUGAUAGCGUAUUGGGCACGAUACCCCUUUCGAGGUUUUCUGUGCGAACACAGACGAACGUUCCCUCUGGCUUUUAGGUAGCAAAUGCUCCCCCCGGUCGGUAGUUCAUAUCUCCUGAAUGUCGUUCGUCUAGAUGGUCAGGAAGUAGAACGGGCAGCGGUAUGAACUCUGCUCGGGUUCGUGGACUUGCAUAGCCAAAAAUAGUUCCAGUUGUUUCGACCAUGUGCCACUGCCUGUGUUCGUGAGACAAAAUAGCCAUGCACUGGACCAUGUGCGUUUGGUUAUACGAAUGGCGGCCACCCAGGGAAAGCACUCAAGUUAAGGUGUUGAUUUGUGGGUAACAGCUGGGGUUUGAGGAGAUAUAAAAAGGGGGAUCACACACCAUCCAUUCAGGAGAUGAAGAAAGGGUACAGACAACCGAACACAAGACAAUCAAGUCUGCUACACCAAAAUCCUGCAAGCAUUAAUUGAUCAGAUUAAAUUCAUUUUUUUUUUUUUAAAGAAAUCUGAUUUAUAAAAUGCUCAUCAGCAUAAAUGUAAACUGUUGUGGGUGUGUUCCACACUAUGAGCUAAUGUUUUCCAUUGCUUUCCUUGGAGAAACAUUGGACAUUUUAAGUGGUUUUUUUGAUCACUACAUUCUCUGAAAAAAUGUAGGUGCAGGGAAUAGACUAAACAAUGAAGUGUAUCUCAAAACACUGUUGUUCAGUAUGUAUCCAGUAAGCUUCCGUAGGUAACUGGUAGAGUGUUUUUUGUUUUCGUUUAUUUUUUACCAUUCUGACUUUAUUGUGAAAAUUACAUUUGUGUCUACCAAAAAAACAAAAGUUAUAUUAUGUUUCAGUAGCACUCUAAAUUGGGAUACAAAGUCAUUAUUAUUAUUAUUAUUAUUGGUAUUUAUUAGAGCUUAUUCAGCCGCUUAUUCCGCAGCUCUUUACAAUAAAAGGGAAAUUGACUAAAUGAGACAAUAACAAGAUGUAACAGGAACAAUAGGUAGUUGAGGACCCUGCUCAAAUAAGCUUACAGUCUAGAGGAGGGGGGUAUAAAAACACAAUAGGAAGGGUAUUGAGAGAGACAGCAAAUAGACAUAGUGGGAAAGUAGGAGAACUGGAGGUGAGAGUGGAGUGUGGCCCUAUAGGAGAGCGCGAGAGGAAGGUUUGAGAGAGAGGAUUUAUGGCCGCCAAGAGUAACUUCUAACAUCUUACAGUACAUUUAUAUCUGGUUUAUACAUGUUUGUGUGUAAUAUACCUUUUUGGCUUGUAAAACUGUGGGUCUCUGCAUAGUUCUAGAGAAUUUUUUUAAACAUGAUUUAACAUUUAAGCCCCUGACGAAGGUGCCGUUGUUAGCACCGAAACGCGCGUCGGGCACUUUGUUGUCACGUUUUUUUCACUAAGUUAGCACUAUGCACGGUGAGUACUUUAGGUUUAUAGCUUUGAUUUAUCUUGAUAGGGGUUGGGGGAGAGGACGGUUUUAUUUUUGAACUACAUCUUUCCAGCUUAUACAGGAGUUAGCUGUGCAGGCUUAUUUUUUUUCUCUCCAGAUUAGAGAGAUUUCAUCUACAAUGACAGCCAGCAGCCUAUUCAGACGCUGUAGUUUUUUCCUCAUGGUUAAAGGGACACUCCAGGCACCCAGACCACUUCUGCCCAUUGGAGUGGUCUGGGUGCCAACUCCCACUACUCUUAACCCUGCAACUUUAAUUAUUGCAGUUUUUUAUAAACUGCAAUAAUUACAUUGUAGGGUUAACUCCACCUCUAGUGAUUCAUAGCAGUGUGAGGACCUCCAGCGUCGCUCAAUUCCCCAUAGGAAAGCAUUGAAAAUCCUUUUUAAUGCUUUCCUAUGGGGAGACCUAAUGCGCGUGUGCGGCAUUGCCGCGCAUGCGCAUUAGGUUUCCUCAGUCUCGCCCACCGGCUGACAUGAUUACUGGGAGGAGCGACGCCGACCUGAAUCCACCGCCGAGGGACAUCGGCGGGGUCUCAGGUAAGUGACCUGAAGGGGGUUUUCACCCCUUCAGCUACCUGGGAUGGGAGAUGGGAGGUGGGAGGGAGAGGGUACCUGCAGUGCCAGGAAAAUGGAUUGUUUUCCUGGCACUGGAGUUUUCCUUUAAGUUCAUCUAGGAAUUGUCCUGUUUAUUUAUAAUUUUCUAGAGGUUUACUAACAAGCACAUGAUAGUUGCACAGUAAUUGUUACUGUUAAACAGCCCUCUUCUCUACAGGGAGUGCAGAAUUAUUAGGCAAGUUGUAUUUUUGAGGAUUAAUUUUAUUAUUGAACAACAACCAUGUUCUCAAUGAACCCAAAAAACUCAUUGAUAUCAAAGCUGAAUAUUUUUGGAAGUAGUUUUUAGUUUGUUUUUAGUUUUAGCUAUGUUAGGGGAUAUCUGUGUGUGCAGGUGACUAUUACUGUGCAUAAUUAUUAGGCAACUUAACAAAAAACAAAUAUAUACCCAUUUCAAUUAUUUAUUAUUACCAGUGAAACCAAUAUAACAUCUCAACAUUCACAAAUAUACAUUUCUGACAUUCAAAAACAAAACAAAAACAAAUCAGUGACCAAUAUAGCCACCUUUCUUUGCAAGGACACUCAAAAGCCUGCCAUCCAUGGAUUCUGUCAGUGUUUUGAUCUGUUCACCAUCAACAUUGCGUGCAGCAGCAACCACAGCCUCCCAGACACUGUUCAGAGAGGUGUACUGUUUUCCCUCCUUGUAAAUCUCACAUUUGAUGAUGGACCACAGGUUCUCAAUGGGGUUCAGAUCAGGUGAACAAGGAGGCCAUGUCAUUAGAUUUUCUUCUUUUAUACCCUUUCUUGCCAGCCACGCUGUGGAGUACUUGGACGCGUGUGAUGGAGCAUUGUCCUGCAUGAAAAUCAUGUUUUUCUUGAAGGAUGCAGACUUCUUCCUGUACCACUGCUUGAAGAAGGUGUCUUCCAGGAACUGGCAGUAGGACUGGGAGUUGAGCUUGACUCCAUCCUCAACCCGAAAAGGCCCCACAAGCUCAUCUUUGAUGAUACCAGCCCAAACCAGUACUCCACCUCCACCUUGCUGGCGCCUGAGUCGGACUGGAGCUCUCUGCCCUUUACCAAUCCAGCCACGGGCCCAUCCAUCUGGCCCAUCAAGACUCACUCUCAUUUCAUCGGUCCAUAAAACCUUAGAAAAAUCAGUCUUGAGAUAUUUCUUGACCCAGUCUUGACGUUGCAGCUUGUGAGUCUUGUUCAGUGGUGGUCGUCUUUCAGCCUUUCUUACCUUGGCCAUGUCUCUGAGUAUUGCACACCUUGUGCUUUUGGGCACUCCAGUGAUGUUGCAGCUCUGAAAUAUGGCCAAACUGGUGGCAAGUGGCAUCGUGGCAGCUGCACGCUUGACUUUUCUCAGUUCAUGGGCAGUUAUUUUGCGCCUUGGUUUUUCCACACGCUUCUUGCGACCCUGUUGACUAUUUUGAAUGAAACGCUUGAUUGUUCGAUGAUCACGCUUCAGAAGCUUUGCAAUUUUAAGAGUGCUGCAUCCCUCUGCAAGAUAUCUCACUAUUUUUGACUUUUCUGAGCCUGUCCAGUCCUUCUUUUGACCCAUUUUGCCAAAGGAAAGGAAGUUGCCUAAUAAUUAUGCACACCUGAUAUAGGGUGUUGAUGUCAUUAGACCACACCCCUUCUCAUUACAGAGAUGCACAUCACCUAAUAUGCUUAAUUGGUAGUAGGCUUUCGAGCCUAUACAGCUUGGAGUAAGACAACAUGCAUAAAGAGGAUGAUGUGGUCAAAAUACUCAUUUGCCUAAUAAUUCUGCACUCCCUGUAGACAUUACUUUGCUCAUUAUCAGCUGGCUUUCUAAGGAUUGAUCCUACUCCUGGGUAUUUAUCCGUAGUCCACCUCAUUUACAUUGCUUUUGCUUUCAUUUCAUCUAAUUUACAUUUAUUUACCAUUCUGGAAUCCCUUACUCUUGUUUACAGUGGGAUUUAUUCAUUUUUGGUAUUACAUUUUGAUUUAACAGUUAGUAGAUCACCUUUUUUAAAUUUUUUUUUUUUAUUUUUUUUUAGACUUCCACAUCAAAAACCAAAAGGCCAGUAAGUAUAAUGAAAGCAAAGAGAGACACUGAUCUGACAACUGAAAGUGACUAUGAUAGUGGAAAAGAAAACUCAAGAAAUAGUGAAACAAAUCGUAGCCGAAUCCCAGCCUAUUGUAAAAAUAAUUACACCCCCAGGACCACUAACAAACCGUCAAAGGCCAGGAUAUCAAACAGGUAUUUUGGACACAAAUUUUAAUGAAAUAUUGUGUUCCUUAACUUACUGUAAAGUGUACACUGUUUACUACUGCAAAUAUAUUUAAGUGCUGUAUAUUAUAUAGUGCCUGUAUCUAAAAUCUAUUUUCAUGUUAAACUUUAUAAUUAAAGGGACAUAACUUAAUUGCAAUUAAGUUGUUACGGCAUGAGUAGUUCCCGAGCACCGUCAUACCUGAAGUGGUUAAAUUGUUCACAAAUGGAUUAGUCUGCAAGCACCCAGUGCCUGAUCAUUUUGCCUCAAGACUUCUGCUCCAAAACUUCAAAUCUGAUGCCUCUGACCAGGUUCCACUGAUAAGAUGAGAGCAUCAGUAGCUUCCAUUUAACUCCCUUCAGCUAAGACUGUGCCCAGGACCUCCUCGCAGUGUAAAAACUUAAUUUUAAUUAAGUUGUUAUGGUGCCCGGAGUGGUCUUUAAACUCCUUCUGCCUAAAAUAUAGUAAACCAAUAAAAAAUAUUUUACUGUAAAGAGCAAUUAUUUGUUCUAAAUGUUAUUACAACAGGUGGCCUUUCCUGUGUGCACCAUCUAGUUACUUGCAUACUGCCAUGGUCCCUAUCAAAUUGCUAUGCAGUGGUUUUUUUUUUUUGGAUUGCUAUCUUGUUUUGAAAUGUUAUGAAUUUUGUGAAGUUUGUGAUGAAAUGUAUGAUGAUAGGUUCUUUAUCAGACAGACAUUGAAAUUUUAUGUAUACUUUAUCUGAUGUAAAAGACUGCAAAUGUACAGCAUACGUUUUAAGUACCUGAAGUUACAUUUCCUCCAAUGUCAGUGCAUCUCUCACUGCUAUAGGGGUGUAGAUGCACAUGUAUGCGUACAUUGCUAAAUAUUUAGUAUAUCAUUCUAGAAGGAUUCCCAGCAAUAUCCAUUUGGGUACUGACUUUGUGUUGUGUGGUUUUAUUUUUUGUUUUUUUUGGGGGGGGGGGGGGGGGGAUGAUGUGUGUAUUCACUCCAGUGGUGAAAUUGGGCCAAAACAAUAUAUUUUAUUUGUAUCGUUUAUAUUUUAUUUUGAAGUAGCUUCUUUAUUUUGCAGUGUGUUGAAGAAAAGUGCAGGACGGAAGCAGAAAAGCCCCAAUCCCUGGGGGAAAGCUGGCGUUCAGAGUAGUUUGUCUUCUGAUAGACCAGAAACAGACAGCUCAGAACAAGUACCUGGAAAGCUGCCGACAUACCUGAAAAGUCAAAAAAGCAAAGCAGCAGUAACUGUGCCUAAUCCAACAGAGGAAUCCACUUAUCGGGUAUAUGCUUCAACUAACUAUAUGGAUAGCAAAGUAAACCUGUGUAAUAUUUAGCUUGUUGGGUCACAUGCCUUUUGAUAUGAUGGCACAAUUUUAAAUGAUAACCCACUACUGUAUUUUAAGCCUUUAUAUUGAUUUUUAUAAAUAUUAUUUUGGUGGUUGCUGAAAGGACAGCAAAGAAGUGACUGUAUAACCCUGAUGUUUCUCCAAUUCCCAUUGGUCACAUACUGAAUCCCAAAAGUGAGUGUGAAUGCAUCCAAACAUUGUGUAAAGUUGAUUCAGCUAAUCUUUCCUGAACAUAAUUACGCAUUCUGUUAUCUGUUAAUGAAAAUAUCCUGUCGUAUCAUAAAAUGUGCCUGAGCCAGGUACUGUGUUUAUAUAUAGCUCUUUAAAAUAUUCUAAAGCUCUACGUGAAAGAAACUGCUCUUUGAUUCAUACAAGCUAAUUUAAAACCCUUUUACUCCUGUUGUAGUUACAAGCUGUUUUUUAUGAUAAUUGUGACGGACCACCUGGCACCCCGACCGGGUACCUCUGUCAAUCACUGCUUCCUAGUACUUGCGAGCACCAUAGGCACUGUACUGGAACACUAUAACCACUGUAAACACCACAAACCGCCGCAGCUUGGUUAGGGUGUCACUGUCCUCCACCCACCCAGAACCCAAGACCAGGAUCCAGCUUCCAGUGGGUAGAUCUCUCGUAGUCCAGAGAGCUUAGCAGGAACAGUUCUUAUAAGAGUUAGUGAUUAUACUCAGUGGAGUAUUGUGAUAUAGCAAUCCUCAGAGUGUAUGUAGUUCUCCAAUCCCCCAAACAUGAGUCAAGACUUCAUGAAGGGGUAAACGAAUCUCAGUUUAAUGGGAGCCACACUUGGCCUUAUAUGACAAUCCCCAUGCAAGGGGUACACACACAUGGACCUGAUGGUAGACUGAUUUACAACUUCACAGAUCAAUAACAAUAAGGUUAAAAGGCACAACACUCCCACACACAGCACACAAUCCCUCCCCUCUGCCUGGGAGAUAAUUGGAUUACUAACUGUACUAAUUCUAAUCCAAUUAUCUCCACGCACAGAAAAAACAUAAUUUUUUUAAAACACCCCAAAAGUACCCUAAAAAUACAUAAUAUUACAUGAUAGCCCUGAUCUUGGUGACCAACAUAUCCAAAAAUCACCCAGAUCAGUUCAGGGGGUUAAGGAAUUUCCAGGAAGUCUUAUUUUUGACCGACCGUGCACAUGGUCCUAUGCCCAAAACAGUUCCAGGGAAUCAGGGCUAAUGGUCGUUCUCUCUGUCUGGAGUACAAAAGCACAUAACUCACAUGAACAGAGGCUUUUCAAGUGCAUUGGGCAAGGUAUAUUGCAGGGCCCAUAGUCAUGAGGCAAGACGCUGGCCAGCAGAUCCCUCCAAGAACCCGUGACGAGGUUCAGUUCAUCACAAUAAUGCAGAACAAUCGUAGGGGUAUGUAAUAAACCAUGUUUGUCAUAUGGCACCCAAAUUAAAUUUUGGGACUACAAAUCAUAUAAGCCAGGCUGUUUGUAAUAGAGAAUAAUGGGCGCAUCAACACAAUAUCAUCUAUUAAUCUGCAAUGUAUUUUCUGUAGUAAGGCAAAGACAGUUAAGUAAUCCAAGAAUACAUAAGAAUAUGGCUAGAUUGGAAAAUAAACCCACAAAUUAGCCUGAUAUGUUUUACAUUGCAGGGUUAACAUGACAGUACCACUGUACCCAGGCCAUUUCAUUGAGAUGACUUAAGUGUCCUGGCAGGAUGUGAAAGGCCAAAGAUAGCAUGUGCAUCCUUAUUUGAUAUGCUUAAUUGUGAAAGAAUGAAAUGAUCCUGAGAGGCCUCACUAUAUUUCAGUGUUCUAAAACCUUUUUAUCUAUUCCUGGAGUGUGGAAUUAUGCCAAUUAAAAGUUUGCUGGAGCUACCUGUCCAGUUUCUAGAGAGGGAUCAAUCUCCAAUUCUGUCAAGUACUUUGGGGGAAAAAAGGAAUUUGCAGUGAGUAAAAAAAAAAAAAAACUAUUUUCAUUUUACAGGCUCUUGUACAGGAAUUGGACCAGGAACGAGAACGAAGAUGGAAAGCAGAACAAUCUUUAGUGAGACUAACUGAAAACCUCAAAGAUUUACAGUGUCAGGCUAAAGAAGAAAAAAAUAUCAACAGCAUGGCUGUUUAUACCACUGAUAGGUAACCCGGUAUUAUUAUAUUGCCUCACUUUAUUUUGUUUUGGCUUUGACAAUCUGGAGGCUAAGCUGCCAUUGAAAAUACAGCAGGUAGAUUCAACAGCACUAGGCUCUAAAUUCUGGGAGCAGCCUAACAUGCCAUGCAUAUGGAAAAAGAAAUCACUGCAGUUAUCAGUAUUAAAGGAACACUUAAUUAAAAGAAAAAAUCUUGGCUUGCAAUAGCUUCAAAUCUAUCAUAUGCAGCUACUGCAAGUCCUCCUGUUCUUCCCUGGCACAAAUGAGAGUGCCCAAUUUGAUUCAUGCGCAUUGCUGUCCAAUCGCAAACUUUUCAAUGAGUAUUACAGGCCAUUGAAAAGUCUCUCAAAGUCCAGCACUUUGGUCAAAUGUCUGUCUUUGAGUUUAGCGUCUUGGAGUUAAAUUACCAGGAAGAAAAACCUCCCUGCUGUCUUAUUGAUGGCCAGAGAGAUGCAUCAGUGUUUACUUACAAAAGUGCAGAUUUCUGUUUAAAUGAGAAGGUGCUUGUGUUUCCUUUAAUAAAAACAAUUACACAACACUUGGAAGAUAUGUGAAUGUCAUCGUUGCAUAACUGAAUGUCCUAAAUGUUUCCCUUCUCUUUGGGCAUUAUAUAGAAGCAGAAAUUGUAGUUUUAGGGCAAAGUUCUUAAAUGUAAGCAAUCAGCAUGCAAACCAAUAGAAUAUUCUUCUUUGUUAUUCCCAUUUUGGAAUUUUUCAUUUUAUGCACAUUGACCGUUCAUUUGUAUUUUUCAUUUAAAUUUUCAAUUGGUUUCUCCUUUUCAGGAUUAAAGAAUUACUUUUAAAGGAAAAAAAUGCUAAUGUUAUGUUAAAAGGUUUUGUUCAACGCUUGAAAGAAGAAAAUGAGAGCCUUGCAAAUGAACUUGAGAAAUGUGCAAACAAAGAGGAAGACUAUAAGAAAGCUUUAAAGAAUUUGGAAGAUUCUCUGUCUAAAUUGGAGACCCAACACGUGCAGAAACAAACAUUGGAGGUAAUCAGUUUAUUUAUUUUUCUUUGCUUAUUUUAUUUUUAUAAAUGAAUGCAAAACACAGACCCUUUCAAAACUAUCUCGGAAGUGAAAACUUCACAUAUAACAUUGCCCUGUGUGUGCUGUGAUUUUAUCAGCAGCAAUGUUGCAUAUUGCAAAGUUCUCUUAAGGUGAUAUCUCUGGUUAGGGUCCAGUGGCAGUGGGGUGCAGUCAAAUUUAGGUUUACUUAUCUGAAGCUGUCCCUCUUGGCUGCUGCUGCCUUCAUCCAAGUGACCCUAUUCAGCUCUGACACGAAACGAAGAUCAAUGGAGGAGACCGUGGAAGCCUCUAUAGAUUUCUAAUGAUGAGCGAAACGAUGCCUGAAUCCCACAGCCGUCACUUGUGACUGCUGCUAGGAUUGGUCAAAAAUUGAUGUUGCUGCUCCUUCUUUUGUCAUCAAAGUAGUUCCUUCAAGGAAAUUUCAGAACACCGCAUUAAUAUUUCAUAAAGAUUAAGAAGUGGCAAGGACCUUUUAAGCAUAUCAAAUCGAAAAAAAAAAAGUGUUUUUUUUGUUUUUAAUUCUAACUUGUUAAUUGUUUAAUAUUGUUAAAUCUGAACCGUUACUUUUCUGGAAGUAUAAAUAACGUGAUUAGUCAUUGUUUUCAAAUUAUGUACUUUAUUCACUCACCACAAGAUGCCCUGGCAACAGUUUUAAGCCUUUUGGGUCUUAAGUGCGGGAUCAGAGGUGAUAUUCCUUACCCGAGGUUUGCCAGGAGAGCCGCAAUGGAAGGAACAGUUCCUUUAUUUCAGUGAGCACUAUUGAAGCAUUUUCUGGGUUCAAUAAUGCAGCAGAAAAGUAAAACCGUAAGCCUUCUAGGCAUCCUCACUGCUCCAUUAAUGCCUUUAGUAUCCAUCUGUGAGGAAAUACUGAAUGAGCACGUACAUAUUCAAGUAUUCCUUCAGUAGUGCUGUACUCUUGUGCAUAUAGCAGUGCAGUGGUUAAUCUAAUUUACAUGCUGUCUCUUGGUUGCCCAACAGUGCAUGUAACCCUGUGAUCCAAAAAUAACUCAGUCCAUAGCUGAACUAAAAGUCUCUUCUGUGAAUGCUACACUUUAAAUGAAUCCUCUAAGCACUAUAACCACUACAGCACACUGUAGUAGUUAUGGUGCCAUGAGUGCUCUGGCACCAUCUCAGUGUUAGUAGCCUAAUGUUCUUAGAAUGGUAAUCCAAAGUAUUAGAAUGGUUUGACAGCUUACGCAGGACCUGAAAGCACCAGUGGCUUCAUGAGAAUCCAAUAAGCUUUACUGAACUAAGCAGGUCCAAGCAGGACUGCACACAUCAUGCCACAGAGCUAUCCUAAACAUUAGAAAUGCAUGGACUGAUAGAGCUGGAUUCAUGCCAGGUAAAUAACUGUGUAUCUGCUGCCUAUAUCACUAUAACAUAUGUGGAAGAGAGGAGAGCUUUAAAGGUAAGACUGAUUUCUGGGUUUAGUAUAUUUCAGUAGCUUUUUCACUUAGAUUUAUUUUAACCAGUGGCCAAUUCAUUUUCUGCCUGGCACAGAUGAAGCAUAUUCAAGAAGUGGAACGUAAAGCAUCUGCGUCUCAAAGAGAAGUUGACCUGCUUAGAGUGUCUGUUCGCAAGCAGAAAGACAAAGUUCAGCAACUCCAUGAACUCCUCACUGCCCGAGAGGAGGCACACAGGUACCGACAUUUACUGUGGUUUGAAUUUUUCAGCAGCGCAGCAAUUUUACGAAAGCAUAUAUGACACAGAGGUUUGAUAUAAUUAGCAUCCUGUUCGAUCAACGAUUUUUGCUCUGGGCAGUUUAGCUUCUCACUGAGAGAAUCACAUUCAAACCGGCUUGUGCUCUGCAGUAACCUUCACAGAGCACGUCAAAUAGAGCGCGUGUUCCCUGCAGUUGUAGAGAAGCACAUCGGGCAAAAGUGUUUAUGUUUCAUACUCUUUAGGCCAAUGAUCAGGCCAGACAUUCUAAACAUAAUCUAAAACACAUUUUUUUUUUUUUUUUUUCAUUUUUGACACUGCCAAGAAAAACAACAGCGCAAAAUGCGUGGAGAAAAAUAAUAGUUAAUAUCAGUUUUUUUCCCGAAUGUGCUAAUUUUGGUAUAUUUACCAAUACACUAAAUUUUUAGUGUUUAAACCCUUUAUGUAAGUUGUAUACUGGAUGACUGACAUUUCCCCGGUAUGAAAAAUGUCAAGAAGCACAAAGCUUCCUAUCCAUUGGAUCAACAUUGUGCUCUACUAUAUCAAGUCAAUAAUUUGUACAAUGCUGCCGCCCAUUGUACUUAGAUGGCUGCUCUGAGAGGUAUUUACAGCUAGGCAUUGGAUUCAAACUCCUUCUUGGGAGAAUAUGGACCCAUCACCUCAUUCCUAAACCAAGGGCUGCUUGAAAUAAAUGUCACUUAUAGAUGUUCAGUAUUUUUUUUUAAUUCAUUUUUUUUUUUUUUUUUUUAUUGCUACUUUAGGAAUAUGGCAUUUUUGUGUUUUUAAAAAAGAAGUGAGCAGCUUGAUUACCUGUGAGCAUUUAUGUCAGGGGUAGGCAACCUUUGGCACUGGUGUUGUGUACUACAUCUCCACUAAUGUUUUGCCAGUAUUAUGGCUGUAAGAGUUGGUGGAUGUAAUCCACAGUUUGCCUUGACCUGGUAUAUAUAAUGUGUAUAAUAUUAUUGUUAUUAUUCAGGGCUCAACAAGUCCCAGGUGGCAGGUUGCCAUGGCGACUAGGAUUUUUAAACUGAUGCCUGAGUAUUUGCUAGCGCAUUCCCUCCGCGGCAGGCGGUCGACUGUGGCAGAAUAAAGCAGGGCGGUGAGUGAGCUGUUAUCUUCAAGCUCUUGCUCUACACCCUCGCGUGACCUGCAGUAAUGCAUAUCUCUGUCUGUCAGUGUGAGAGAGGUGUUUUUACUAAUCUUAUUUUCCAUGCUGUGCCUGUCUCGCCGUAGCUGUCCCCAUCUCUAUUGCUGAGAUAAUCAAGCUUGAUGAUCUCCGCCAAUCCAAUGCUUUCACAGGAAAGCAUUAGGAGACUAUUGCACAUGCUCAAAACGCUGCACUAAUCAGCAUCUCCUCAUGGAGAUUAAUUGAAUCUAUGCAGAGCAUGGAGACGCGGAUCGUAGUUGCUGCACACGGAGUACUGAGUAAAUUAUUUUAUUUUUCUUGAAUGGCUUCUCACUGUAAUAUAUUUUCCACUGCCCAACACUCCCCCUGUGGGCAAAUCACAAAUCUGUAAUUAAAGGUACGCUAUAGGCCAGAUCAGUUUAGCUCAAUGAAAUCUGGGAGCAGUGCCCUUGUAAUUUGAGUCCUACAAUGUAAUACAUUGCCUUUUAGAAGAUAAGGCAAUAUUUCCAGUGCAGAGAAAACCAAGUCAUACUCUGGUCUCUUACAUCACCUUAUCUGAAUGCUUCUCAUAGAGAGCAUUCGAUUUUAGAAGCACAGCACUUGCUGCACAUGUGUGUCUCGUCCCCAGUAAGGAGCAGGCAAGUUUAGAUUUUUGUUAAAUAUCUUUUAGGAGAACUAUGGCAUUAGGACUAUAUGUUACACACAUACGGUGUAAAUGUACAUACAUUCACAUAUAUGCAAUGUGUUGUAAUGAGAAGAAUCAUUACCUCUGCCUUUCCAGUUUGUCUAUUUUGUCCCAAAAUAUGAAAUUCCUUUGCAUAGUCUCCACAAUUCCCUGUUUAAUGAGUAAGCCUUCAUUUGCCAGCAGCAUCUCUUGAAUGGAGCAGUUAUUCCCCCCCCCCACCCCUAAAUUUUACUGAAAUUCCAACAUAGUCAAAAGAUAUAAGAAAGUAAGGACUACUUUGUCAUAUAUUUUUCCUACUCUCGACAAAAAGACAGUUACCGCUGUGCAGCCUAGGAAAAGGCUCUGUCUAUGGAUGCUCUCGUUGGAUCCUCAAAAGACAUCAGUGUUGUACUCUAGCACAUGCGCAAGUACGGCACAGACAUUGGCUCCUGGCAGAUGAAGUGCAGAAGUAGAUGGCAGCUUCCAUGAGGUACAGGUUCAGAUAAGUAAAAUCUUUCCCUGUACCCUACAACCAUUGAUCUGUAAGUGGCAAAAUCACCAACGGGGAUCUUGACAAACUAUGCAGAGCUGCUUACUUUAAAGUAGGGGAGUACAAACUCAGAAGAAUAAGUUUUAUACUGCAAAAAUCUGGAUCUUCAUAAUAAAUAGCCUCUAAAUAUUGUAGGCUAAUUAUAUGCCUGAUUUGUAAAGAUAUGUUAUAUUACUGUGGCUAUAAAAAGGGAAGCAGACUCAGUAUUUCUAUAAUCAACUGUGCUGAUAUUGAAUUAUACAGUUAUAGUGAGUGGAUUAUUAAAGGGACACUAUAGUCACCAGAACAACUACAGCUUAUUCAAUUUGUUCUGGUGAAUAGAAUCAUUCCCUUCAGGCUUUUUGCUGUAAACACUGUCUUUUCAGAGAAAAUGCGGUGUUUACAUUACAGCCUAGUGAUAACUUCACUGGCCACUCCUCAGAUAGCUGUUAGAGAUCCUUCCUGGGUCAUGGCUGCCUAAAAUGCACCCAAACAUUCAGUAUCUCCUCCUUCUGCAUGCAGACACUGAACUCUCCUCAUAGAUAUUCAUUGAUUCAAUUCAUCUCUAUGAGGAGAUGCUGAUUGGCCAGGGCUGUGUUUGAAUCAUGCUGGCUUUGCCCCUGAUCUUCCUCUUUGUCAGUCUCAGCCAAUCCUAUGGGGAAGCACUGUGAUUGGAUCAGGCCACCACUUCUGAUGAUGUCAGCAGACUGCUUUUUUUUGAGGAAAAGAGCAUGCAGAGUUUCAGCUUGUUGCUAUAUUUAUGGAGGCAUCAGGGACCCAGGGGAGCUAGAUUGUGGUUUUAACAUUAUAGGGUCAGGAAUACAUGUUUGUGUUCCUGACCCUAUAGUUAUCCUUUAUGAAUGCAAAGUAAGCAACUCUAACUGUACUGGCUACAUUUUAGUGUGUCAGCUAUUUUGAUCAACAUUUUUUUUGGAUGGUUUGCAUUUCACUUUUUUUUCUAUUGUUGUUCAACUGUGACAGCAUAGAUGUGCUUACACACUGGGAACACACUGAAUUCCAAAGUUGUGUACAACUAAUGCAACAGCCAUUCACUAUUGGUGAUAAAUAAUUCACAUGGGAGAAGGGGUAAAGUUCAGAUUUGCAUUUACAAAGUCAUCUUUACUACAAUAUCUAUCUAUUCAUCCAUCCAUUUAGAUUGUGUAUUCUACAAUAAUUCUUGGUACUGAAUAUUUGACCGGCAGCAGCAGGUUUAUUUAAUAACUUGUAUUUAUAACUAACAGGAAAGAAUUAGAAUCAAGAGUGCCUCUACAUGGGCCUGAAUUCCAAGAAGCUGUGUCUAAGGAAGCUUCCAAGGAAGAACGUCGCCAUAGUCAACAAAUAAAUGAAUUCCAAGAGAAAAUAAAUGCACUGACGCAGCAGUAUACAGCUCUAGAAGAUGAAUUUCGAUCCGCUCUGAUUAUUGAAUCCAGACGGUUUAAAGAGGUACUCUUAUUGUAUAGAAAGUUUCUAUUUUUUCCUUUACUUUUUAACUCUUUGUGUGCCAGGUCUUUGUGAAGCAGCCGUGGAUGCUCAAAGGGUGUGAAUCUAUGGCUCUUUCCUUUUAUUUAUUUACAUUUUUUUAAAGCAUGCUGCAGUUACAAUUUAUUUUUUUUAUAUAUAAAUUCUACAAUACUGAAGUGUGUGCGAUAACCACAAAAGAAAAUGAUUUACAAAAGGGUAUUCAAGUGCAGUUAUAGUGCUGUUAAAAUAGUUUGCAUUUUGGGGACUAGGGACUUCUUUUCUUUUUCCAAUUACAAUUUUUACUGGCUUAUCCUUUAAUCUCUAUUUGAGUCCUGCUAACAGCCAAAAUGGAUAUGAAGCAGGUCUUAAUUACAUGACACGAAGAAGUGCCUUAAACAGCACUAUUUGGUCAAAUCAGAAGAGUAACCGUAAACGGAGCUUAUGCAUUCAUAAGUGCAAAUGUAAAGGUGCAUAAUAAACAAGAAGGUCCCCAGUAAAUAUACACCGUACUGCACAGAACUGAAUUGUAAAUGUUUAGAAGAAUGAAUAGUUGCUGUAGUGGUGGGAUGUCUCAGACUAACCCCAACAGUAUAACAAUUGUCACUUGUAGGGUACACCAGACAACUUCUGAAUACACUACUCCUUGCCAAUGAAUAGAUCAUAAACUGUAAUGGUGAAUUCCUUAAGGAGGAGAGCAAAACAGAACAUGUUACACACACAAAAUGCACAAACAAUACAGACAGACAAUACCUACCAUACGAGCACACACACACUUCAGACACACACACACACUUUGGAGUGGGGGCGGAAACAAAGAGAGACAAUCAGGAGGGUGAGAAACUCAGGAUUAUUCAGUAAACUCAAAAUUUUUGCAAAUUAAAAUGUUUUGAAGUGAUCAUGGUUCAAGGAGCCAGUAUGUGCAGCAUUUCAGUAUGAUAUUUAGGCAGCCUGGCUGUGGUGUAACUGCCCCUCAGGAGUAACUAGCAAGCCUGAAACGAUAGUUUCCAGCUGGAUAAUGUCAAUUGUUUGCAUAUUAUGUGCACAGACGCUCAUUCAUUGGCUGAGAAGACUUGGCUGACACUCUCUGCAAAUGAACCAGCGUCAGGAUCAGAAUCUGGCUUCUGCAGCUCUGUAGAAGUCAGAUACGGUUCAGCCACAAUUACAGAGGGCUCUGUGCCCUGUGGGACCAGGUAGAGGGUCUUCUCAACACCAGGAAAUGGUGGCAUGGUACUCCUAGCAUCAUGAACACUACAGCAUGCUCUGGUGAUUAUGAUGCUUAGAAUAACCCUUUAAAUCCAAAUAGGAAAACAGAAGCAAAAGGGUGUGACUAUAGUAAGAGAGAAUUUUUCUAGAUUCUUUUUUUUUUUUUUUUUGCCCACGCUUUUCCAUUUGGAUUUAAUUAGCAAAAUGCCAGGGGUCACAAUCUGAAAUUAUUAUUGUGUAUCAGGACAAGUAGAUUGCCAUGACAAACAUGUAGAUUGGGUUACCACUUUAGUCUCUUGGACUUGCACCCCUGAUAAAAAUCCAAUAGUCUUUAUUUAUUGUUGAAUAGUAAUGCUAUUGACACAAUACAGACAGACAAUACCUACCAUACGAGCACACAGACACACUUCAGACACACACACACACACUUUGGAGUGGGGGGGGAACAAAGAGAGACAAUCAGGAGGGUGAGAAACUCCAGAUUAUUCAGUAAACUUAAAAUGUUUUGAAGUGAUCAUGGUUCAAGGAGCCAGUAUGUGCAGCAUUUCAGUAUGAUAUUUAGGCAGCCUGGCUGUGGUGUAACUGCACCUCUGGCAGAGUAACUAGGGAAGGUAAAAGAAAGUGCUUUAUCAACAUACUUCCGUACAAAAAUGCUGCCAUUAGACAAUUGCACUACUGUUAUUCCAGUAACAGUUGAGCUUUAAUUCUGCAACAUGUAUUCUUUGAAGUUGUAGUAGUACUAUGUUACUGCACACCUGGAAUUUAGAUCUGUUUACACUGGCCAAAGCUAUGUCACCACUCCAUUGCAUGUACAUAGGCAUUCGAAAAAUGGAGUUUGGCUCACCUUAUAUAGCACAUGGGAAUUUUAGAGGUUUUUUUUUUUUUUUGCUAGGGCCUCCUUUGUCUCAGUACAAAUAAAUGUUUGUUUAAAGAGGUUCAAAAUACAUGGUUAAAUUAUUUAUUUUAUGAUGCGCCAAGGAAAGAUGAGUGGUGGCCCCCUCAGUUUCAUGUUCAGGCAGGAUAUAGGAAACCGUGUCAUAGAUUUUAAAUUCGUAUUUGACAACAUUUAUUUAGUGAGCUGUAGGAAAUUUGCAUACAGUUAUGAAUUUGUGUAUAACUGUAAAAUUAUGGGGAAAAUAAUGCUAACUAUGUUCUCUGGAGACUCCAUAGUAAUGCCCAAGAUUAGCACUGCUUGCUCUUUUUUAUCUUUUUUAAUUAUUAAAGGACCACUAUAGGCACCCAAACCACUUCAGCUUAAUGAGGUUGUCUGGGUGCCAGGUCCAGCUAGGGUUAACCCUUUUUUCUAUAAACAUAGCAGUUUCACAUAAACUGCUAUGUUUAUAUUAGGGUUAAUCCAGCCUCUAGUGGCUGUCUCAUUGACAGCCGCUAGAGGCGCUUGCGUACUUCUCACUGUGAAAAUCACAGUAAGAAGACGCCAGCGUCCAUAGGAAAGCAUUCAGCCGAAGAGGAGGAGGAGAGCUCCCCGCCCGGCGCUGGAGAAAGAGGUAAGUUUAACCCCUUCCUCUCCAUCCAGCCCGGCGGGAGGGGGACCAUGAGGGUGGGGGCACCCUCAGGGCACUAUAGUGCCAGGAAAAUGAGUUUGUUUUCCUGGCACUAUAGUGGUCCUUUAAAGGGACACUAUAGUGACCUAAACUACUUUGGUUUAUAGAUCAUGCCCCUGAAGUUUUACCGCUCAAUUCACUGCCAUUAAGGCGUUAAAUCACGUUUAAUUCUGUUUAUGCAGCCCUAGCCUCUCUUCCCCUUGCUGUUACUCACACAGCCUGCAUGAAAAGGUUUCAUUUUCAAUCAGAUGUAACUUACUUUAAAAGUUUUUAUAUCCUCCUCUGCAAAUGUAACUUUAAUUACAUACAGGAGGCUCCUGCAGGAUCUAAAAAAAGCUCUUAAAAGAGCAGAAGAUACACAAUUCUAAAGUAGGCCGAAUUUGUGAUAAAGGAAGUGUAAACAUUAAAUGACUCUUUACAGAAGGUGUUUAGGAAGCCUAUGCAAGUCACAUGGAGAAAGGUUUGACUAGGGCUGCAUAAACAGUGAUUUCAUUCCUAAAUGGCACAGAAUUGAGCAGUGAAACUGCAGGAGCACGAUCAAUACACCAAAACUGCUUCAUUAAGCAAAAACUUUUGGUGACGAUAGUGUCCCUUUAUUAUAUUUUUUCUUUCAAUAUGUUUAGGGUAACUUUUCACCCCAACAUGAGUUACAUUCCUGGGAAGCUGUUACUGUUAUUCAAUCCUCCUUCCAAUAUUGUCAUAAUGCUAACAUGCAGUGCUGUUGCCACUGACCUUAGGGGAGCUUAUGAACAUAUCCAUGCUUUCCUAUAAUUAGGGGAAGGUACGCCACUGGGCAUAAAUUCACCUUCAUUAUUUGUCCAUUUAUUUUAAAGGGCAACAAAUUUGUUUUUGUUUUUUUACCUAAGGAAACUGCCUGUUAGCAUUGAGUCAGCUCAUUUAACAAGAGUUUGAGAAUCUUAGAGUAACUUGCCCCAUGGCAUUCUUUACAUUUUGCUACACCUUGGGUGAGAAGACAUGGUCUUUUCAUCCAACCAUUUACAUUAAUAUGUGUGUAUAUAUAUAUAUAUAUUAUUAUUUAUUUUUGUGUGCGCACAUCUAUUUUGUCAGUGAUGCUGGGAAAAGCAAAAAUGAUUUUAGACAUUUUACUUUAAUUGCUUUGAUUAAAUGUUGGUGCUAUCUCCAUGGCUUAUUCAAAAUAGUUUUGUAUUUUUUUUUUUUUUGUAGGUUAAAGAUGGCUUUGAUAGCAUGUCUGCAGAAAUAUCCGAAUAUAAGGAGGCACUUAAUUGCUGCCAACGAAAAGAAAAGCAGUUGGCGGCUUUAAAUCAAGAGCUAACUACCAUGGUGAAGGAGCAGAAAGCAAGGAUAGCAGAAAUUACAAAAGCAAAGCAAGAGAAAACCAGUGAAUUAAAAGUAUGUAAUUUUCUUGGAAUUAACUGUUUAAUCCUGGACAAAAUAUAGCUUCUAACACCUUAACCUCGUCACGUUGGCACUUAUGUAUACAUGCUUGCCAGGAAAUUUAUUCAUACCCUGCCAUUCAUGCUGAAAACAGUGAGAUUGACUCUGUGUUCAUCCCACCUCUGUCUGAGCUGCAGAAUACUGAAGUGGUGGGAGGCCAGGGGAGGUCAGCAUUUAAUCUUCCCAGCCUCCCUGAUUGUGCUGUAUUUACACUGAGCACAGAGGGAGAUGGGAUAUGAUGUCACAUCCUCCAUGCUUCAUGUAUAUGUUUUUAUGUGUAUAUGUUUUUGUGUGUGUCCAAAAAGGCAACAUGGCUGCAGUGAUGGUAAUAUGUUUUGUACAAAAUCAAAAUGUGACAACAUGUAUAAUAAUUAUACAAUCUAAAUUUAUUUAUAUAUUUAUUUGCAACACGGUUUCCCUAUCUGUAGCUUCAUUAUUUGGUAAAUGAUUAUUUAAGUUUUUUUCUGUCCAACCAAAAGUUCAUUUAUGUUUUUAUUAAAUAGUACGCUAUCUAUAUGUACUAAAAAAAAUACAUUUAAACUUUACUUUACAGGACACCCAAAAUACUUGGAUUCUGGAGGUCGUUGUGUUUUUUUUUUUUGCAAACCGCUUGGAAGUGAGGGGGUUAAGAGCAAAUGAUAGUUUAUAGACCUUAUAACUACAUGGGAUAUUUUGCUUAUUAAUACUACAGAAUCCCCACAUUCUCCAAACAAGCACUUAAUAGCCUUCAGUGGACUAGAUAUUGUUAUAAUGAAAUGGGCCAUCAUUGGUCCUGAAAGGGACACUCUAAGCCAGGGUGAGGCAACCUUCGGCACUCAAGAUGUGUACUAAAUCUCCCAUAAUGCUUUUACACCCAUAAUACUGGCAAAGCAUAAAGGGAGAUGCACUCCAUAUCUAGAGUGCUGAAGGGUGUCUACCACUGCUCUAAGCAUUAAAAUAAAUGUAGCUUAAUGAAGUGGCUUUAGGGUAGUUUCAUGCUCCUACAAUAUCACUGCUUAAUUAUCUGCCAUUUGGGAGCUAAAUCACAUUGUUUGUUUAUUUAGCCCUAGCUACACAUUCUCCUGGAACCUCAACACACAAUUCCUGAAAAAUAAGUUUAAAUUUUUUUAACUUCCCUUAUUGCACUGUGUGUCUAAUUUAGAAAUUCUUAUGUCAUGCUCUUGUAAUUGUCUGCAGCAGCUUCAUGUGUGUGAUUAAAGUUUAAUCGACAGAGCAUAAGAUAGGAACUUCUAAAGCAAACCUCACUGUGCUGCAAAAAACAAAGUGAUUCAAUACCUAAACAUCAGAUAAUUGAGCAGAGACACUGCAGUGGCAUCUACACAUCACAAUUGCUUUAUAAAGCUUGGCGUUUUGGGGCUUAUAUUAUGCCUUUAACUGCAUUCCGAUGUAGUGAGUGAAUUGAAAAUCUUUUACAAAAGGCUUGUUUUAAAUUGUCUCCAAUUUUAUUAUUUAUUUUUUUCUUGUUUAGUUUUUUUUCCCAUAUGCACCUUGUAUCUAAUUAUUUACACCCAUAUAGCCAUUUGCAAUUAUUACAUUAUUAUCCUUUCAUCCUUGUGCUGGACCUUAGUACCUGGGCUCCUCCAUUUGUUCUUCUCUGUCAUGAUGUCUGCAGUACCAUCUGUGGGAUUAUUUUAUCUGAUGCAUUGUGGGUAAAUAACCCACAAUUAGAUGGUGCCUUGCCUAAGUACCAACCAUUGCCUUUGCCUCUCAAAGUUUACCCUACUUUUUCUUAUGCAUAACCUAAAAGCACAAGUAUAAAGGUGAAAAUAAAGGAUUCAUGUAAAAGCAAAACCUACAAAGUGAGGGAGUCCUAACUGAAGGAAGGAAUUACAAGCCUUUACAAAGCACAGUUAGAGGGUGAAUCUAUAUUAAUAUUUUGCUAUUUUAACAAGUUUAUGCAAUACAUUUUUAUUUAAUCUGAAACAUAUUCUUAUAGAGCAAAAUCUGUACCCUGGAAAGAGUUGCUGAAGAAGAAAAACGCAAAACUGUUCAAAUUGAAGUUCUGAAGCAAGAAAAAUCUAAACUGAUUUCACAGCUCACUGCACAGGAAUCAUUGAUAGAUGGAUUAAAAGCUGAGAGAAAAAUCUGGGGACAAGAGCUAACUCAACAAGGUAGAGAUCUAAUUUUGUAUUCAUACUAUAGAACUGAAUUAAGGUAAUAAAUCCAUUGUGACUUAAAGCUAUACCUCACGUCUUACCUGUAGAACAUAAACCCAGUUUCAGGUAGAUGAUCUUGUGAUUCGUCUUAACAUGGUAACAGAAUGAUGAUAACUUCUGUUAGUAUCCUUUCAAUGGAUAAGACAAACCAUGUUAAGAUGUUUAAAUAAGAAUGGGGAAAAACUCCACCUGUCAAAAUACAGUAUGUUUCUGCAUCAAUUCACUAUAUUUUGAUUUUGUCAAAGCAGCUCUGUCACCGCUUUUACCACCCUACAACCACCCCACAAAAAAAUAGCAAAUUAGUAUUUUGUAAAACUGCAAACUUUAUGAAAUUAUCACAUUGCCUAUGUUAGGACCUCUUUAGACUGUGUUGAAAUUUAAUUGAAGUUCUCACUCCCCACCCCCCCCCCACCAAACAAAAUUGGGACUACUUUUCAUGUGCUUAACAAAAAGGUGAGCUACCUCAUCCAGUUUUGUCAGUUCCCCAGCAAUCACUAGUGACGGCUGUGGGGGGGAAAAGGCAUCGUCUUCCUAAUUGCAAGACAAUAUCUAUGGAGGCUCCCAUGGCCUAUAUCAAUGCAUUUCGUAUCAAACAUCUCGACAAAGAGCAACAGCACUUUAUACAUAAUGCUGGACACAUUAUUGGUGAACUGUGAUAUAAUCCUGGACUAGACCAACCUGGAUUAAUCCUAUCAUUGAGAACCGAUGUUAAAGGCUCACUAUAGUGUCAGGAAAACAAAGCUGUUUUCCUGACGCUAUAGUGCCCUGAGGGUGACCCCACCUUUAGGGUCCCCCACCCGUGGUGCUGAAGGGGUUAAAGCCCCUUCAACAGCUUACCUUAAUCCAGCACCAGGCUCCCUCAGCGCUGGUGACCUCUCUUCCCCCGUCCGACGUCAGCGGAGCCAAAUGCGCAUACGCGUGCAUUCAAAGUGUCCAUAGGAAAGCAUUUCUCAAUGCUUUCCUAUGGACGCUCUGCGUGAUGGAGGCGAAAUAUGCCUUCAGCAUCGCAGAUGCACCUCUAGUGGCUGUCCGGAAGACAGCCACUAGAGGCUGGAUUAACCCCAAAUGUAAACAUAGCAGUUUCCCUGAAACUGCUAUGUUUGCAUCUGAAGGGUUAAAACCUGAGGGACCUGGCACCCGACCACUUCAUUGAGCUGAAGUGGUCUGCGUGACUAUAGUGUCCCUUUAACCUUUCAAUUGGACUAUGGAGCAAGUUUACAUUGUUGCAAUAGUUGCCAAAUAAGAAGGGGAAAGAGCAAUUUCUUUUUGUGAAGUUACUCUCUAAAGCAGGCUUCCUCAAACUCCGGCCCUCCACAUGUUGCUGAACAACAACUGCCAUUAUUCUGCGAAUGAAAUUGGCUGAGAAUCAUGGGAGUUGUAGUUCAGCAACCUCUGGAGGGCCGGAGUUUGGGAAGCCCUCUUUAAAGGCACACUAUAGUCACCAGAACAACCACAGCUUAAUGUAGUUGUUCUGGUGAGUAAAGUCAGUCCCUGCAGGCUGUUUGCUGUAAACACCGCCUUUUCAGAGAAAAGUAGGAGUCAUUAACUACUAUGUAUCAUCUAACUUGUAGUAGCAGCAGUUGAUCAAUAUCCACUACUAACUAAAAGUAGCAACAGGCAUUUUAGUGAGUAGCAGAUGGGCAGUAAGAAGUAGUGACAACAUUGGAAAUGAGCCCAGAGAAGUCGAGCAUACUGCCAUUCUGAUUAAUGACGGCAAUGUAUGAUCGUGUAGCUAAUUAUUUAAAAAUGAAAUCUAAUAUUUACCUGUAAAUUAUUAACAUUGUUUGUUUAUACAGACAUUCGUUUAAUCUAUAUUUUUAUUUCCUGUCAUCUGUGCAUGUCUUGUACAGUUUAAAACCACCACUGUAAAGUACUUUCUAUUUUAGGGGUUUCACUGGCACAGGAUCGAGGAAGGCUAGAAGCAAAAAUUGAGGUUCUUUCAAAUGAAAUUGAAACCUUGAAAAAGCAAAAUGAACGUGACAAUGAUGCUCUAAAAAUCAAAAUCAAAGUUGUCGAUGACCAGACAGAAACCGUAAGGAAACUUAAGGAAGUGAGUAUUUUCAUAUUUCUUAAAUGAGUCACUUCACUAAUUUUGUUCUUUAUAUUCUUUAGGAGUGUUUUGCUUUUUUUUUUUUUUUUUACAAGAUUACAUAGUUUUUGUAAAGAGAUUCUAUAGUGUAAGGAAUCCAAAGCAAGACGUGCCUCUAGUGGCUGUCAGACAGUCUUGGUCCUGCAAUGUAAUUAUUGCAGAUUCUCUCAAACUGAGUUAUUUACAUUGCCUCACAAGUGCCUCCUGUUGGUAUGGCUAAGUGUAUGUUUGUAUGUAAUGUUGUAUGCUUGGCUGUGGCUGGUUGGUUAACGUAACUGGCUUUGGUGGUGUGUGACAUGGUUUGUGAUUGGUCUGUAUUGACUGGAUGAAUAGCUUUUUGUAGUUUUUUGUUUUUUUUCUUCUUUUUCUUGUUUUCCGUGAGACUAGGGUAAUUGGAUUAGUAUGUGAAAGGGCAUGUGACUUAUUGGAUGUAUGCCAGUUUCACAUUAUGGUAUUUGAGUGAGCUGUGCUGGACCCUGCCUCGUACAUUGAGGAGAAAGGCCCUGCCUGACCAUAGUUUGUACAGACUAGUCAGCAUUGCAGCAGGGCAAAUAUUAACAGGAUUAUUUGCUAAAUACCAAAGUGUACACAAUUAAAUUUAAACCAAAAUGGCAAGAACAGUCGAUCAGGAAACCUUCUCCAGCUCACUGUUUUAAGAUUUCAGUGUCCAUUUUGCCACUCAGAUUUUUUUUUGGUAUAAUUAAGAGUUUGGUGAAUACCCUUGCAAUAGGGGUUAACUAGUGUUACAUAUAAAGAGCGAGGACUGGAUUCCAGUCAGAUUAACCCUUUAAAUGAAAUCCUGUAAUAGUGUCAAAAAGCUGUGGUAUAAAGGCACUAGAGGAAGGAUAUAGUAGGUGAAAGCUAAAUGCAGGUUAUGGCAGACACAGAGUAUAAAGUCUUUUCAGGUGGCAGACUCAGCACCUCUGCAGCAUUAAGCAAAGACAGAAGUAAAUCCUGCAUUGCAGGAGUUUGUAAAUUAAAGUCCCCAUUGAUGUUUAGGUGGCUUGGAUACCAUUUGAGGAUCUUUACAUAUUUCAUCCCUGUGAUGGCACAGUAUAUUUACCUGAAGCUCACUCUUGCAAUCACCUCCAUCUUCCUUUUUCUGCUUUGCCCAAGAGAGUGCAACUUAGAACUCUAUGGAGGAUCCCGCUAGACCGUAAUGCAAGAAUAAAUGCCUGUUUCUUUGUGUUGUCAUUAGCAACUGCUGAGGAAAUUGACAGAACAUAUUGGUAAAAGUUUAGCCUUUUGUCAACUUCAGACAUGACCAUAUGUAAAGUAGGCCCUUUAUUGACUUCUGUCUUUUGAUUGCUUUGGGAUUUUAGUGAAACAUUUUAUACAUAUGAAAUACUCAGAAUGUUAUUGUUGUGACAGAGCUGCUAUAAGAUUGACAGAGUUUAGUGUGAAUUGUAGUUCGCAAACACCUGCAGUGCCAAAUGCGAUUUUUGAACUACAUUUUUCAUUAUUUCCAUUUAUAUUCAGCCAUAGAAGUGACUGCAGUAUCCUGAUACAAGAAAUAAAAUCCAAACAAUUAUUAGAAUGUAACAGCUAUUUAAUGUAGUAUAACACCAAGUGACAAGGCAACGUUUUAGUCACAAAACUUCAGUCACCUUGGUAAAAUGAAAUGUAAAGUUGAGCUACAGAUCCUUGUCAAGAUUGGUUUGACACUGAACAGUAGGAACAGCACCUGGGAAUCCACUUCAAUAAAAUUAAGUAGUUAUAGUGCCUAGAGUUGCACUUUAUAUUUAUUUCUCGAGUGAUCUUAUUUUCAACUGUAACAUGGUCUAUGCUUCUUUGUAUUUAUAAGGCGGCAAACGUGUCUUGACUCGUUAAAGCGUCUUCCUCGAAUACUCAUUUACGAGUCGAAACGCGUUUGCUGCCUUGUGGAACUUUACAUUGAGGGCUUCUUGCAGUGAUUCAUACCUUUAGCCUUUUGAGCUUAUUUAUUUUGUGUUCUAGUCUUUCAGUCUAUUUUGUUUUUAUUUAUUUGUGAUAAAGUAUUCCAUCUUUUAUCACAUCCUGAGUUUCUGAAGUUCCUACUUUGGAUCUGAGAUCCUGAUUUGGAUGUACUUCCUGGCCUGUAAAGAAACCUUGUAGCUUAUGUUAUACAGCCUGGUUAUGGCUCUGUUUUUGAGAGUGACAUUCUUUAUACAUAUUGUUUUAUCUCUAUACAGAAAUUAAGAUUUCUCACAAACCAUUUUUAAUCUGUAACAGCGAGUAGAUUACUUUUGCUGUUCUGCUUCAUACGAACUGUAUAUCCAUAUAUUUAUUUGUUGAUUUCUUUGCACCAUAAAGAACCGUGGUUAUAUCAUUGCAUUAUGCCCAUUAUAUGCACACAGGGACUGCAAGAGAGAGAUGAACGAAUCCGAAAGCUGCGUGAAGAAAAUCUUGGGCUUGAGAAAGCAUUACGAGAACAGACCGACGAAAAGACAGCACAACUGGAGGAGCUAAAAGGGAAGCUGCAAAGACAGAUUGCGAGGAAGGACGAAGUCGAAUUGCUCCUUGAAGAGAGAGAAGCUGAAUUGGAAGAUGUGAAGAAGGCUUACAGGUGAUUAACCGGCCACUAGAGCAGAGGUUUUAGCAAACUGUGCAGGGACUGUGCUGUUUGAAGAUGAAUCUCGGCUAAUUUGAGGCAUUUACUCUUUCUAUUCUUAGUGCAAUGAAUAUGAAGUGGCAGGAUAAAGCGGAAUUACUAAACCAGCUUGAAACGCAAGUCAGGAAGAUGAAAGAGAAUUUUGAUGCCAAGGAAAAGAAGUUGAUUGAAGAGAGAGACAAAAGCAUCCAAACUCAGAAGUAAGUAAAAAGCUAAUUUUGCUUCUAUGGAACUUUUUUUUAGUUUCCCACCAUUUUCCUCCUGUAUAAUCAGCUUUUACAUUAUAAAGAUAUUCUCCUUACAUUUUCACUAUCAAAUAUAUUACAUUUAGAAUGCAUAUCCUCCCCCCACCCCCAUAAAAAUUACCAGUAAAACAGGAACAAAGGUGCUAUGCAAAAUAGACCAAUACAGCAUUUGUAAAUUAUCAUCAAGCAAUGUGCCUUAUUUGUAUCAAUGCCUAGAACCAAUAUAGGCUAAAGGCAGCUAUUGUGUGUAGAGGUAUAUUUUGACCAGUUUCUGUGAUAGAUGCAGUUCUCAUACUUUUCUAAAAUGAUGUCUUAAGUGACUAGAUUUAAUUCUCACACUUUGAUAUGGUAAUAUAAUUUAAACCGUUUCAUUCCUAAAACACAUCCUGAUUACAUAGACCACAACCUUAAGAAAGCGUAUAACAGAUACAUUUCUUUUGGUGUGAUUGUUCAGUGCCACCGUAACUCUUUAGAUGUGUUUAGUUGUUCCUCUAAAAUCAGGAAGUAGAUGCCAUUCCUUCAUAUGUCUAGGAUUUCAGUUUAUAACUGGUCACUAAGUAGACAGAGUCUUUGUUUUUAAAGUACAUUUUCAUUAAGAAUGUUGAGUAAAUUUCAACUGAGUUGCAAAUCAUAUAGCAGGGUGUUAGAGAAAGCCAUUUGAUUUGACAUUUUACAGUUGGUUGGUAUAAGCAACAUUCUUGUGGUUGUUUUCUUUGAUUUUAUUGUGGAAUUUGGUAUGUGUCUUUUAAGUUUAAUAGCCAUUACAGAAAACAAAAUUGUAUACAAAAGUAUAUAUUUAUGUGAAGUCUUCACAGGCUAUUUAUCCACUUUUUUACGUAGCCAUUUAACUGCCAUUUUCUGUUAAAUAUUGGAAGAAUGUAUGCCUUUCUUUGCCAAUGUAAUAAGUGCCAAAGCGCCAUAGUAAUGGGGGUGAAUCCCAAUAACUCCCGUCCAGAAGAAGCAGUACCACUCUGUAGAGGGGCUCACCCUCACAAUCAUUACCAUUAUUGGUAGGUAAUGGCUCAGCUAACAGAGCCCAGUUAUUUAAUGACACCAGUGGUUAUCUUGUUACCAAUAGGGAAACAGUCCCUGCUGGUAAUAUACCGCAUCGUGAAAUUAUUCCAUCAUGGGUGCUUAAUGGAAGAACAAGAAUGACAGAAUCAUUCUUAAAGGGUUAAGACCUGUUGAUUGGUGGACUUUUUUUUUUGUCCCAUUCAGAAAAAAAAAUCUGCAUUAGCAGAGUCCAUGCAAUUCUUCUGCAAUAGUUUGCCAUUAUCCAACUUGUUUAUAAAACAAAGUAGAGACACUAAUUUGUGUUAUGAGUUGCUUUUUUAUAAACAUAAAGUGAAUGUUAAUCCGAUUUGUUUAGCAAGAGGUCAAAUUACUGUGUUUUUUUUUUUUGCAAUUCAAAUAAUGCCAAAACCUAAUGUUAAGACAUUUUUACUUCCUCCUCCCAUACUGUCUCCAUCCACUCACUGACCAUUGUGUAGGAGUCUUGUCGUUAUUGGGCAAUGUAUUUUUUACAAGUCUAGCAGUUUUACAGUGUUAGGAUAUCUACAGAUUUAAUGUACCUAAUAGUUUUCAAACGUUGUUUAAGGGUUUGUUAAUUCAUAGUCCUGAAUCUGAAUUGGCCAAUUUUUAUAAGUCUGCUAUUUUGGCCUACAUGUUGCAAUUGGAUUUUGUAUUCACCACAGUUAACUGUUUUUUUUUGUUUGGUUUUUACUGAAUAAACACAAGUGACCCUAAAAAUGGAGAGUAUCCUUAAACAUACUAUUAUUACUGACUGUUUGUUUAUCUCUAUCAACAAAGACAUUUGGGCCGAUGUGUGUCUUGUUUUAUUUAAUGCAUUUUUAUUCAUGUUAAAAUUGUGAUAUAAAAUCACACAUAGUGACAACACUGACACUUAUUGUAAAGCUUGCUUUAACAAGGUCCCUCUUAUUUACUGUUAUUUGCUCCAAAUUAAUAUUAUAAAGCAGUGCAGAAUAAGUUAGGGCAAUAUAAAUGCUAAUAAAUAAUAAAAAAAAAAAAAACAGAACAAAUACAAUGAAUGUGCAGGGCCAGAAUGUGGACAUGCUAGUGAUGCUUUCUAAAAAAAAAGGGGGUGUAUCAACUAUCAGGCUAGGACUAUGCAGAUAUCCUCCCUCUUCUUCAAUGCGAGAAUAUUUAAUGACACACAGGAUUUCCCCUUCCAGAACAGAGAAUGUUGAGAUGUAAUUUAUGCUGUAAGUAAUGACAUUUAUCACGGUCAUUUGGCGAUGAAAACAUUUGUAAUAAGCAAUCUAAUUCCAUACGAUCAUUGUUUGUAUGUGUCUGCUCAGAGCUUUAACAGAGAAACUGCGCUCUGUGGAUGACGCCUUUCGGCAGCAGCUGGAGUCGGUUCUCGCUGCUCAUCAAGCUGAACAUAUUAAGGUAGCAAGUGACAAACAAAAAGAAAUUGAAGCAGCACACGAGAGGGUGAGUGUGCACUGUGUCAUAUGCAGAGAUGUAUAAACCCUUUAGCGUUCUAUAUGUUAAAAUCUGUUGUACAUUUUAUCAUUCUCACAGGUUUUCCAGGUGGAAGAAGAGAUGCGUCAGCUUUUACAAGAAACUGCAAAAAGCAAAAAAAACACAGAGGAAAAGAUUAAGCGACUUACGAAAGCUUUAAGUGAUAUUCAACAAGAACUAUAAUUAUAUUUUAGAAUUUCAGAUACAUGUAAGAAAAUGUUCAUGUAAAAAGGACUUGUAUAUAUUUCAGUGUUAUAUCUGUUAAUUUUAUGAAAGGCACUUUCAAGGUAACUGGUAAGUGAUCUGCAACUCUUUAAAAGAACACUCCAGGCACCAUAACAACUUAAAUGGGAUGAACUGGUUAUGCUGCAAAUAUGUUCCUGGCACUAACUUAUCUUUAGGGCUUAAGAAGUCUUCAUUCCAGCGCUCUUUAGCUCUGUCCUUGUCCUUCUUCAAACAGGAAGCCUUUGUCAGGAGCGCUGCUAAUUGGCAGAGUAGCCCUCCAUUCAUAAAAAUUACUUAAGAAUAAUACAUACGUAUCUCAAGCCGUUUUAUGAAUGAGGAGCUACGGAUUUGGCUUAGAGCGUCAUCUGACGCACUCAGACAAUCUACGGCACCCUUGUUCCCCAGGCAGUCUAAAGGCUUCCCGAUACAGUCAUAUACUUAAAAAAAAAUAACAUAAACAGGACAUAGUGCAACACUGUAUAUAUAAAUUAAUUUACUGCUGUAAUGAUUGCACUCACAGACAUAAGAGAAGUAGGUGCAUAUUACAAAUCCUCCCCUGUAAUGGGUAUGGGAUCAGGAACUCCUACGUGCUUUUCCUUCUCACGAACAGGUACCAGAUCUGAGGUUUCCUGUUUGAAGAAUUUCAAAGAAACGGAAGGACAGGGGCAGAGCUAAAUGACUCUGGAGAGAAGACUUUGUGGUUAAACCGUUCGUGAACAGUUUAAUCUCUACAGAUAAGCCAGUGCCAAGAACCUCCUGGCAACAUAACAACUUAAAUUUUAUUAAGCUGUUAUGGUCCACAAAAUGUUGCUUCAAGGAGUUAUUAGAAGCAUGUUGUGUAUCUUUAUAUUUGUGAAGGGUCUGGUCUCUAAUGUAAAAUCAGAUCUCAUUUUUAUUAUUUAUUUAAAAUUGUAAUUCACCAAAUUAAAUAUGUUACAACAACAAAACACUGGCCUAGUGGUGAAUGGAUAUACUUUACAAAAUCAAAAAGAUGUGUGGGUUCAUUGACCCAAAUUUACCAACGACUGUAUGUAAUUUAAGUGAAACUAAAUAUCUAAGCUCUCUAUAAUUCUGGAUAAAUGUUAGAAACUAG